AAUGAUAGCAGAAGCAUGCCUCACAGGGUUGGCAAUGUGCACCUUGGUGUUGGAUGUGACAAUUGUGGAGCAGAACCGAUUCGAGGUAACAGGUAUAGCUGCAUGGACUGUGCGGUGGGUUACGAUCUUUGUGAAGACUGCCAUUCAAAGGGGUCAACAUGCGGGGGGCGAUUUAACCAGCAACACCUGCCUGGCCAUAGAAUGGAAGCUAACAAUACACUGCUCCUGAAAAAUGUUAUGGACUACAACAGUAUCACAGAUAAUGAGCUAUGGAACGACAAUGAGCAGCCUCAGCCAGGGGGUGAGGAGCAUGAUGAGGAUAAUGGGGUGGAGGAAUAUGCGGAAGAUGAGGAAUAUGAGGAAGAUGAGGAGGAUGUUGAGGAUGUCGAUGAGGAACGUACAACCUGCAGAAUUGUGUAACUGCGGCUCAUGUUGAAUCGUGAUGCCAUAUACUCAUGUUGAAUUCUUAAGUGAUUAUCGCUUCACUAAGAGUUGCUUUGUAACCAAACAAUUAGGGAUUUUAGUCUGAUUAAUGGAUACAACAUAAUCUGGUAACUAAACUAGCUGAAAGUACCCUGUC